UACGAAAAUGAUUCAUAUUUCAUAGUAGCUCACGCAAAAUGGCGAGCAUGCAACGCCACUCUUUUCCCUUGUACAAAUAAUUAUUAAACUAGGCAAAUAUCAGAAUCGAAAGGGCCAGCGUGAAGCGUCACAUAAAAGCUAGUAUUCGUGGUUCAGGCUUUCAGGAGACGGAGAAAGACCCGAGCUGUACUGUAACUUGUCUGAGCGAUCGAAAGUCCGAUACAGCUGCUAAUUUUCUUAGUUUCUCAGUUGGGAACUGAGUAGAUCUGCUGCUGUUUGUUCAAUCCGGUGAUUCGCGGCAUUGAGCGAUCUUCAAAAUCCCGCAAUGGUUGCACAGGAAUUCACUGUGGAUUUGAAUAAACCACUUGUCUUCCAGGUCGGCCAUCUUGGAGACACUUAUCAGGAUUGGGUUCACCAGCCUAUUGCUAGCAAAGAAGGUCCUCGAUUCUUUGAAAGCGACUUUUGGGAGUUUCUCACCCUCACAGUUUGGUGGGUAAUCCCGCUUGUUUGGCUCCCAGUUGUAUGCUUCUGCGUUUCAAAGUCGAUUUGGAUGGGUCACACUGUUCCUGAGGCAGCACUGAUGGUAGUAUUUGGCAUUUUCAUUUGGACACUGCUAGAAUACACUCUUCACCGCUUUCUUUUCCACAUUAAGACAAAGAGCUAUUGGGGGAACACUAUGCAUUAUCUUCUUCAUGGUUGUCAUCACAAGCAUCCUAUGGAUGGGCUUCGCCUUGUUUUCCCUCCUGCAGCAACUGCUAUUCUCUGUGUGCCGUUUUGGAACAUAAUAGCGCUCAUGGCUACUCCUUCUACCACUCCCGCUUUGUUUGGAGGAGGUUUGCUGGGUUACGUCAUGUAUGAUGUGACCCAUUACUACUUGCACCAUGGACAACCAACAAGCGAAGUUCCUAAAGGUCUCAAGAAAUAUCACCUGAACCACCAUUUUCGCAUCCAGAACAAAGGCUUCGGCAUCACUUCUGCGUUGUGGGAUAGGGUGUUUGGAACACUUCCUCCAUCAUUGUCAGCCAAGAAGAGUAGGUAAUUUGAUCCAUCCCAGGUUAAGAAUUGGUAAAUUAUUAGAAUUCUCAAAAAAAAUAAAUAAAUUGUGUUCCCCAACCCACAUUCUUCCACUACUGCAACUUGGUACCAGUGUUGUUCUAGGCAGUGGCUUCUGAGUGCAAGAAUUUGUGUACUGUACUGUACUGUAUCUAUUACUCCACUUCAUUAAUUGUUUUCCCACAUCGUACUAAAGUAAAGUUACCAUAAUGUCGUGCAAGUACAAUUAUUGCCAAGGACACCGAGGCCGACAAUCACAUUGUGAUAGUUACACCCAAUGUGGUGGGCUCUUUGUGA